AAAUGCAUGAACUCUCUCCUUCUAAGUUGAAUAAUUCCAAAACACUGUGCUUUGCCGAAAAUAUGCACAUAAUCAAAUUUUACAUAACGAAGAGUUAUAAAAAAAUAUAUAUUUAAUUAAUUUAAUCUUUUCUUGACGAAACAGUGUAAUGAAGAAACGUUCUAUAUUGUUGAAAUAAAAAUAGUACUUUUUAUUCUGAGCGAAUAUAUGUGCUCAAAGACUAAAAUAAACUUUUUCUCUGAGUGGAUAUAUGCACCAGCAGUGAUUAAAAGGUUAAUGACUUUUGCGAUUUUAGAGUAACAUUAAUAUUAUGAUAUAAAAUAAUAUUACUAUUAUUUACCCUUUUGAUUUCUAUUUUUACAUAGCUCUUAGGACAUACCUCGCCGUAUGAAUUUAAGUACUCUUUUUCUCUCGUUAGCGUGUUAAUUACACUUUUAGAUAUUUAUGGAAUUGAUGCUCUCCUUCGCGCGGGAAAAAAUUACACAUCCUCCGACGGCGAGUCUUAAUUGGCGGACGAAAGCGACGGAGAACGCACGUGUGUACCGUAUGCGUGGCGUAUACGCGCGCAGAAAAAGCUUUUGUCGUAACGUAGCACUCGCUCGCGCGCGGUAACGGUACCUGCCACUUUCAUUUGUACUCACGUAUCUAAUGUGAGGUGCACAUGUGGGUUGGCGCCGAGACACUACGCGCAAAUAAAACCGUAAGUUUCAAUCUUGUGCGCUGCGAGCCGCUCCGCAUUAACUGAUUUCUUUUCAACGGAUAAUGUAUUUGCGAGCGGAUGCGGCAAGCGCAAAACCAGAAAGUUCAAAUGACGCCGGUAUCCUUCCAGUGAAAAUUAUUCAAGAACAUUACGAAACCAUUUGAUUGAGCUUACAAGUCCGCUAUUUUAAUCUUAAUUGAGAUUCCACAUGGGACUAAUUAAAAAAACUGUUACUUUUACAUUUAAAAUCGUUUUUUGUAUUGCCUCUUAACGGAUUUAUGUUCCAGAUAUUCCGAAAAAAACAAUAAUGCAUGUUAUAUGUGAGCGAUAAUUCAUAUCGCCCUAAAGAAGCACUUAACGACCAUCUCGUUGAAAUAAACAGAUUGAGGAAUACCUGAAUUUUCUCAGGUGAAUCUUCAUGAAUUAUGCAUGAAGCUGCGUAAAAUCGAGACAGACAUUAGUUUACACAUAUAUACGCGCGCGCACACGCGCGUGCCCGGCCACGUACGAAUGAAAUUCAGCUGAAACGAGCUAAUAUACCGCUAUCUCCUGAAGAACAUGCGGCUAACUUCGACAACGGAUUUGCAAUACGUCCCGCUCGUCGAUACACACGCUACGGCCGCGUAUACACACGUAAACCACCAGAUUGAUUAUUCGCGCAAUAAACCGUGUUCAUCAAGUGAAUAAUAUGCAACCGAGACUACUACUUUAAACUUUUCGAAAUGCGGAGACCAAUGAAUUUGGACCACUUCUUAUGUUGCUUACUUAUUGUCACUGUUAUCGGAAUGACGAUUGUUUCUGCCGAACUAGAACCGAUUAGAUUGGUCAGAUCAGACGAGACUAUUGGUUCAGACAUCUUACUACAGAGAUUUGUUGAUUGCCUUCGAAAUCGUUAUAUAUCAGCAAAACCGAGGCACGGCAAACGAAGUGAUGCUGUACCGAUGAUGGAGCUGAACGCUACUUGGGAGACUCUGAAGAUGAUUCAGGAUGCGCAGCGGCAAAACGAACAACGAAGGCAACAGAACAUCAGGCAGAACAAAGAGCAAAUCCUGCUUCGCGACUUUCCGAGCCUGAAUGACGACGAACAUACUUCGUACGAUGCUACACAAUACGAUGCUACCGGCUCUCUUUCGGAAGAAGCUGGCAAAUAUUAUAACAAUGUACAAUAAAUAAUUUCCGUGUAUUGUCCUUCUCCCUUUCCUAGUAGUGAUUAAAUUCCUCUUGAUAUUAAAAUAUAUAAAUUCUUGAAACUCUUUAUGAUCCUGUUGCAUUUAUGAAUAAUGCUUGUCAUUAAGUUUUGCUUCUUUCUCCGAGCAAUUUAAUUUUUUGGAUAUUUGAUUGAUUAAUAAGUAGAUAUAAAAGUAUGUUUGAAGAUGAUAGACAACACGCCAGAACGAUAGAGAUGUAACUUUUUGUUAAAAUUUAAAUUGAAAAUAAAUGCCAGAAAUAAUUCUUGAGAU